AUGGAAAGUAGGAACCUCACUAUUUUCACUGAGUUCAUUCUCCUCGGAUUUCUGGGCCACCCCCAACUGGAGAUCUUCCUUUUUGUGCUCGUGUCCACGAUGUACACAGUGACCCUUUUUGGAAACAUCUCCAUAUUGACUCUGACUUGUUUGGAUUCUCACCUCCACACACCAAUGUACUUCUUCCUCAGCAACCUGGCCUUCUUGAACGUCUGCUACACAUCUGCAGUGGUCCCCAAGAUGCUGGCCAACUUCUUAGUGGCCAGGAAGACCAUCUCGUACCAGCUGUGCGCUGCGCAAGUGUACAUCACGCUCUUCCUGGGGGCGGCCGAGUGCCUCCUCCUCCUGGUGAUGGCAUUCGACCGGUACGUUGCCAUCUGCAACCCUCUGCAUUACACAACGACAAUGAAUAAGGGUGCCUGCCUCGCUCUGGCCAUCGGGGCCUGGCUCGGCAGCUUCCUCAUGUCCGUGGUCCCUUCCUUGACCAUGAAGCAGUCUCUGUGCAAUUCCGUCAUUGACCACCUGUUCUGCGAAGUUCCUGUCCUCCUCCAGCUGGCCUGUCCCAGCGACGACACAUCCCUCAAUGAGACCAUGAUGGUGGCAGGGAGCACUUUCACCUUGCUCAUGCCGUUUGUCUUAAUCCUGCUGUCCUACGUCCGCAUCAUCUUCGCCAUCCUCCGAAUCUCCUCCAUGGAUGGGAAGCGGAAGGCCUUCUCCACAUGCUCGGCUCACAUCACCGUGGUGACCAUCUACUAUGGGAGUGGGAUGUUCAUGUACAUGAGGCCCAAGGCCAGCUAUUCAGCUGAGAAGGACAAGCUGAUCUCUCUCUUCUACUCGGUCAUCAACCCCAUGCUGAAUCCCAUCAUCUACAGCCUGAGGAACAACGAUGUCAAGGAGGCCCUCUUGAAACUUCUGAGGAGAACCAAAGCACCUUGA